CUUCUGUGCUGCCCCAUGCCGGCCGCUGCAGGUCAGCCACCAGGGCCUGGGUACCCCCUGUACCAGCUGGGGAACCCCCAGCUACGCGUCUUCCGCACCAACUUCUUCAUCCAGCUGGUGCGGCCCGGCACGGCCCAGCCCGCAGACACCGUGCAGUUCCGGAUCCCCAUGGAGAUGACCAGGGUGGACCUGAGGGGUUAUCUCCAGCGCAUUUACAACGUGCCCGUGGCCGCCGUACGGACAAGGGUGCAGCACGGUUCCAACAGGAAGCGGGACCACAGGAACGUCAGGAUGAAGAAGCCAGACUACAAGAUGGCCUACGUGCAGCUGGCCCACGGACAGACCUUCACGUUCCCAGACCUGUUUCCUGAGAAAAAACUGGGCCGUGAGGGUGGCUCUGCCGAGGAUGACGUCCCGGCCAGGCUGCUGGAGGAGCAGCGGCGGAGGCAGAGCCGUGACCCCCGGCGCGGAGGUGUCCCCGACUGGUUCGGCCUGUGACAGCCCGAAUAAAAGUGCCGUGUGCAGACGAGGACCACA